GAUUGACCCACUCAGCAGAAAACUUUCCAAGUUGCACUGCAGAGGUUGCCUGGCUACCCAACCAUAUUGCUCCAACCGAGCGCCACGCCCAUGAGCGUUUCUUCUCUUCACUGAAGUACGUAGCGAACUACAGAACAGAGGAAGAAUUCAGUUGGAGUCGUCAGGCUACUGCAGAGGAGGAGAAUCGUGUGUAUUAGUCAUUUUUUACCUCAUUGCCAAAGACUAACACAAUGCAAUACAAUACCAUAACCAUUCUGCAAUGCAUUAACAACAACAACUGGUUGGCAUUAUAACAGACCGACCUGCUGAAGACUGACUGUUAUAAACUGUUCUAGUCCAGACUGUUGUUUCAAGUCAACAGAGCCAGCCAAUUGGCAGUCUACCCGUCUCAUCAUGGCAACAAUGGAGCCGGUGGCCAACCGACAGAGCUCAGCCGACUCAUUGGUCGAGUGGGCCAGCGAGGUUUGGGGGAUGGAGGAGGGCGAAAUGGACCCCACUCUGGCCCAGGACACUACCCCUCCUCCUCACCCGUUGGUCAAACAGGCACCCAGAGCAAAGUCAGAAGAUCUGGGGUCAGAAUCUCCAGAUACUCCAAAGCCUAGACCCCAAGUGUCUCCCUCAAGUGAGAACCUUACAGACUCAACAAACAAAAUGGCAGAAGUGGUUCCUAAAAUGGAGCAGGAGGCACUUUCUGGGGUAAAUCAGGUGCCUACUAGUAGAAUCCAGGUGGUUGAUAGUGAAUUGGAACGAGACCUUAAAAUGAUAGAUGACAAUCACUGUGAGAAGGAGGAAGAUGCCGCUGCUUUUCGGUCGCCUCUUGCCUGCACUGGCCAAGCCUCACCUGCAGAGGGCGCUCCAGAGACCCAGCCAUAUCCAUUUGAGGAGGAAGAAGAAGAAGAGGAGACCAUUGACUGUAUCAGCGAUGGUAAGGUGGAGGUGAUCUCUAACUCUGUAGAGGAGGAAAUGUCGUCAUCUGACAGCCAGGGUAGCCAGGAGUGGCCUUCGAGAUCUCACCUUGAUGACGUUGUGGAGGAAGACAAAGAAGAAGAAGAUGGUGCCAAGGAAGACAAAGUAGAGGAGUUUCAGUCUGUUGAGAUGAUGGAAAAUGGCGCUGUACGGUUGCAGUUGAAUGCAGAGCGUCCAGAUAGGAGUGAAUUUGAGCAGGGGCUGUCAGAGACGGUGUGUGCUACUGAGAAGGCUUCUGUAGAAGGGGGUCCUGUUGAAACUAGCAGUAGCCCCCAUCAGUGCAGGUAG